AUAUAUGUUAUAAUAAUUCCUAUAUUGAUUAUUAUGGUGAUUACGUAGAAAAAACUAGUCUAUAGUGUGGAAAUAGUGAAUAUAGUGAGAUGUUCCUUGCUAGUUAAUAUGACAGUUGAACAAGGGUGAACUAGCUUGUUGAGGACCCGGAUGUGAGGGAAAAUGUACCGUUUGUGUGUUUGUUUGUUUAGGAGUGAUGGAGCUGCGACCCGGGGGUGAUAAAACUUGAUAAUAUAUUGUUGGUUGUUCGGUGUUGUGGCCGGACGAUGAUGGAGAGAUGCCCGAGGCCUUUGAGACGAUGGGGUUACUGGCUGCCCUGAUGGUGUUCCUACGAGUGUGUGUCCGUCGGGGAAACUCUUAGAUGAAGGUGCCGGAAUGGCUCUUACGCCUGAGGAAGGGAGGAGGAGGAAAGAGGCGUGGAGGAGAGGACCAAGAGGUACCUCCAGCCUCCUCCAUCAGUACCCCAAUACUCGUUCACUCCACCAGUCAUUUGCUCAACCCCAUAGUGAGGGCCGGCACGGACGGUAACGCCGGCCGGUACGCUAAUGCCUCUACGUCGGCCAGCACGCCCGUCCUCGCGCACUCCUGCUUCCACGGGAAAUCCGGGAAGGACGGCGGCGCGGGGCGUCCGUCGCCUCCCUCGAGCGCCGUCCCCCUGCACGGUGGCCCGAGAGACAGCCGGCUGUCUGACGAGUCGUGUCUCCUGCGGCGGGACGCUGCCGUGCGUCACAGCAUCGCCGGCAGCAACAGAAGCACCACGUUUAGUCAGACCGGCCGUAACUCCGUGUCGUUCGCGCCCAGAACCGCCACCAGCAAGACGGACGGUCACUUGGACGUCAGGCGGGAUGCGUCGGGCAGCACUAAGCCCAAGACCCAAGGGUUGAGGAACUUUCUAAGAAGUAACAGCGUCAGGGAACCACCGAGCGAGACUCCCGGCCACAAGAAUCCAUCAAGACCGUCCACGGGUCUCGCCUCAAAUAAUGAGAGCAACGCGGCGGUCGAUUCUUCCGCUUCGUCCAACGCGAAGAGAAAAAAUAACUGUGUUAAGAAACCGGCGGAGGAGAAGAAGAACGUCUCCCGUAAACUGGGGACUAAAGCUAAGAGGAGCAGCGAGCCGUGUGUGUCCGUCCAGAAGAAGGUCUCCAGGGACGGCAUCAGGCGUAAGAGUUCCCAGCAGAAGGACUCUCUCUCCUCCUCCUUCCGUUUCUUCCGUAGGCCCGACGCCGUACGGGUCGGGAAACGUCGGGAGGAGUCGCCCGACGCCGGCGUCAGUUCUCCCGAUCUCUCGCAGCAGAUGUCGACGCCUCCGGUGUUACGCGGUGAGGAGUCGUCCCGCUGCAGGAGUCGACCCCGGAGCUUUGACGAAAAUACUCUGACCAGAUCCUCCGGCCGUUCCCACGAACCCAGCAGAGGCGUCGAGAGGAAUCGUUCGUUUAGAAUCGUGAGAAAUGUGAACGUCUGUCCGCCGGAUCCGCCGACCGCUAUCUCCCUUGGUGCCGGACGCGGCUACAAUAAACCCAAAGUCACGAGGCGUCUGGACUUUGGGGCCCAACCGGCCGGCGACCGAGGCGUUAAAAAACAAAAAUCACGACCCACGCGACUCUGUAAGUGUACGGCAAGUAGCUCCUGCAACCACUGUAGGGGCGACGGCGGGCAUCUUAACUACGGGGAUCCCCGGAGGGUCGGCGGCGAGGGCACGUACGACAACGAGCCGACGGACGGCGAGGUCGGACGAGGUGCCGAAGACCCGAACUCGGAGGACGGUGACCGGCCGAGCGACGCCUCGAAAGAGAAGCCCUCCAGGAUGGCCGAGAGGAGACCGUCGGUACGUAAGGCCCUGGAGACGUACGAGCAGCUGUACAUAGCCAGACGGGACAGAGAGAGGCUACAGAACCGCCCCACGGCACUCUACAUCCCCGUGGACAAGACGACGGAGACGGCCGGCGAGAACGACCCGCCCGACGUUAAAGAUUACCUCCUGGAGUACGACGAACCGGGCCGCCCGAUACCCGUCUCCUCAGAAGACUCCUCAGACGUAAUCACCCCAACACAGCCCAGAAAGAGGAACCUCUCCCCCAUCACCCUAGAGAUGAAGAAAGCUCACAAGACGUGCAGCGGCUCGGAGGAAAACCGCGACUCGGCGAUGGACGGACGUUACGGGGAUCACCGAGACCAGACCCUGUACUCCAAACCCCUGACGUCGAAAUUCGGUCGAACGGAGACGGAGAACUUGGACGAACUAGACGACCCAGACGACCCACUCGAGGAGAUUAUGAGGGCCUUGGAGGAGAAGACCAAACCCUCAAUGCCGCCAAGGAAGUACGACUCGAGCGAUGACGAUGAUGAUUUUGUUGACCUCGACGAUGUUUUGGUCGACUACGAUCUGCCUGGCGUGAGGAAACAGAGGGGUGAGGAUGACAACUUGGCGUGUGGGCUGAGUUACCUGCCGUCAACUGGACCAUCCGGGGUGCCGCGGUCCGCCACCCCGCCACCCUCCUUCACCAUGAGUAGCGGUUGUGGUCAUCCGCCCUCUCAGCCGACCGCCUCCAUCAUCAACACACACCCCCCGGCCCUUCCUCUCAGUAGACCGCAUCCUUACCUGCCACAUCCUCUUAACAUUUCACAGGAAAAUGGUGGUGGAGGAGGAGGAGGAAGCUCGGGGCUGCGUGUUGGGUCCCCAGAUCGGCCGGAGAAGAGCAUCAGGGUCCAUGUUAAUUCCCUCUUUAAUGUUGUCAAGUUCGGUGAAGGGACGGACAUCAAGGAACCAAAUAUCAAGUGCAUAAUAAGCGUGGUGAUCAGCCGACAAGCGCCAGGAAUGCGGCCGUACGAUGGGAUGUUCGCUAUCAGGCUGCGGAACACCAUCACAAGGGAAAUUCAUUGGCUGCACCAGGACCUGACCAUGUACCAGGUCGAGGAGAAAUACCCAGAAUUCCAGAACGAAGAUUGGAAGUUCGAGCUGCGAGUUCGUUACGUCCUCAACGACCUCCACCUGUUGUACGAGAAGGACCGCAGCACCUUCUGUUAUUAUUACGAACAGGUCAAGAACGAUUAUCUAGAGGAUGAGGCAAGAGUCAACGAGGGGAUGGAUCAAGACGUGGCCCUUCAGCUCGCUUGUAUAGAAAUUAAGCGGCUUUUUAAGGAUUUGAGCUGCAGUACCCUAGAGAAAAAAUCCAACUUCGAGUAUCUAGAAAGAGAGGUCGGUUUCCACAAGUUCCUCCCGUCGACGGUACUGAACACCAUGAAAUCCAAGACGUUGAGGAAGUCGCUGCAACAACACUUCAAGAAAUACGGCCACCUGUCGGAGUCCGAGUGUUACUUUAAGUUCCUCGAGCUGUUGGGGAAGGUCAAGAAAUACGACCAGGAGUCAUUUCGUUGUGCGCUUGGGUCUGGUUGGUCCAUUCCCGUGACUCUGCUCGUGGGACCAUCUGUCGGCAUCUCAUAUAUGACAGACUCGGCGGCUAAGCCCAACCACAUGGCGAGCUUCGAGCAGGUGCAGAGCGUAGAGACAUUGACAACCGACUGUGAUACCCACCGCAAAGCUCUCGUCCAGCUUAAGGUCGCCGGGACAGCAGAGGCACUCACCGUCACUUGUCCCAGCAUAGCGAGCGCCGAGAGCCUAGCCGACCUCAUAGAUGGUUACUGCCGGCUCGUCAACAACACUCGCACCUCCCUCUGGAACACGAAAGUUCAUGUUUGGAAGUCUUUGCCGUGUCCAUGCCAGAUGCCACAAGAAGUGAGUGGAUCGGGCAGUGGCAGUUCACGACACAGCUCGGAGACCGGCGGAGACUCGAGGAGAGGAGGCGGAGGCUCGGAAGACUACGCGGAGAUCGUUGAUGAUGAGGGCGACUAUUCCACGCCUGCAACCAAAGAUUAUGAGCUGGAGAGAUCCCACAUAGACGUCGGGGAGAUCAUCGGAGAGGGACAGUUCGGGGACGUACACACAGGGCAGUACACAUCGCGGGACGGCUCCUCUGAACCAGUCGCCAUCAAGACGUGCAAAGUGGAAUCGGAGGGAACUAUAGCGGAGAAAUUUCUAGAAGAGGCGUAUAUCAUGCAACAGUUCGACCACCCGCACAUUAUCAAGCUCAUCGGCAUCUGCUCGGAGUCUCCCAUAUGGAUCGUCAUGGAGCUGGCUAGAUACGGGGAAAUGCGAGCCUUCCUCCAGAACAACAAGGACCACCUCAAUCUGGCGACCCUGGUACUCUACGCCUUCCAGCUCUCCACAGCCUUGUCCUAUCUAGAGAGUAAAAAGUUUGUCCAUAGGGACAUUGCGGCCAGGAACGUAUUGGUCUACUCUCAGGACUGCGUUAAAUUGGCGGACUUUGGCCUCUCCCGCUGGGUCGAGGAGCAGAGUUACUACAAGGCCAGCAAGGGGAAGCUUCCUAUUAAGUGGAUGGCACCCGAGAGCAUCAAUUUUAGACGUUUUACUAGUGCCAGCGAUGUUUGGAUGUUUGGUGUAUGUAUGUGGGAGAUCCUUAUGCUAGGUGUGAAACCAUUCCAAGGAAUCAAAAAUAACGACGUCAUCAAGAGGAUCGACAACGGAGAGAGACUUGCCCUACCCGCUAACUGUCCGCCGCGGCUCUACUCCCUCAUGUCUCAGUGCUGGACCUACGAGCCGUCGAAACGUCCGUCAUUUAAGGAGAUCAAGGAAGCACUCAAUGAGAUCUUACGCGAGGAAAGAAUACAACACCAGGAAACGAUGCGUCGAGAGAACCGCCGCGUCCAGGGCAUGUCUUGGGCAGGUUCCGAUGAGCCUCCGCCGAAGCCAGCUAGAGUCCCGAUGAUGUCCGGGGGCCGAGGACACACGUCAACGCCCCCGCCGCCGUCCGGUCUGGGCUCGCCGCCUCUCUACGCCCCGUCUCAGGUCAGUAGCAGCGGCCCGACCACCUACAUCGUCGCCCAGACCCCAGAGGUGCUCAGUCAGCUGAUGCGCGACAACCACAACCGGGCCGCCAACGCUCCCGGCUCCUACAUCUCCCCGGCCUCCGUUCUCAACACCCUGCCCGUCGAUUUCGUCAACGCCCCGCGCUCCCCCCCGGCCGUCACCACCUCCCAGUCUAACCCCCACUCACCCUUCUCCACCCUCACCCACCCUCAGUCUUCCACCCACUCCCUCCCUCAUCAUAGCAGCAGUCACUAUUCCCCCCACUCCACCCUAUCCGCCCCCCACUCUCCUCUCGGGUCCCCCUCUGGGGCGUCCGCCAGGCGUCGGGGCGGGCGGGGCUGCACACUGGAACGCGGGGCAUCGGCUGCGGCGGGUGGAGGGGGCUGGGGAGGAGCCAGUUCGGGAGGUUCCGGCUCACCUUCGCCAGUUCCCUUCUCGCCGCCGUCAACACUAGUCAAGCGUCAGGGUAGUCAUCACAGCGACUCGGGGGAUUGGAUGCCCGGGGCCGGUAGUCUUGGCGGGCCGAGCAGCUUGGCCGGGUCGGGGAUGCCUGCGGACGUGGCUGAACUGCAGCACAAACUCUUGGAACAACGACUGAGGCAACAACAACGACAGACGGAAGAAGAUAACCGCUGGCUUGCUCAUGAGGAGAAUAAUAUGAGGAAGCGAAUGUCUCUAGCCAUGAGCGCCUCGGACAAAUCCGACUCCGACAGCGAUUCCCCGGUUGCUCACCACCCUCCCUCCUCCCCCUCCCCCGCACGGACAGAGGACAGGGAGAGAUCCGCCACUCCGCUAUCCAAUGGAUCCGGAUCUGUAGCGGAAGAGCCAAAGAUUGUUGUUAAGCAAGUAGAGCCAACUCCAACGGCAGAUUUAGACCGCAGUAACGACAAGGUCUACGCGUCGACCAUUCACGUCGUCAAGGCCAUAACGGCCCUCACCCAGGACGUGAAGGAGGGCCAGAUGCAGAAUUACCUCGACCACGUGAAGAAGGUCGGAUUGGAAUUAAGGGAUCUCUUGGCCACGGUUGACACCCUCGUCUCGACCAUCCCGCCCGUUUCACACAGAGAGGUGGAGUUAGCGCAUAAGGUGCUAUCAAAAGACAUGACAGACUUGGUGCAGGCGUACAAACUGGCCCAGAAGUACAGCAACACCACGCUUGACGAGGAGUACCGAAAGCAGCUGCUGUCUGCCGCGCACGUCCUGGCCAUGGACUCCAAGAACCUGCUAGACGUCAUCGAUGGCGUCAGAGUGAGGCACGACAUGGCAGCCUUCUUGCCAAACAAACAUUCCGCUGUGUAAUUGAAAACCCCCUACACAA